AUGUCUUACGUGGUGGUCACUUUAGACAAUAUGAAAUAUCGAAGUGGACUGAGAGCAAACUUAAGAGUACCAUACUAUAGAGAGAACUUCGUAUUCGAGGUGUUCACGAGCGCCGCGGAAAUAAAACGCAAGUGCCUCUGGUUCACUGUGGUGGAGCCGUACGGCGGAAUACCCCGGAUGCUGGGCGAAGCCGGAGUUGAUCUAGCGCAUGUCUGGAGGCAACCACAUCACACUAUUACUCACAAGUGGGUACAGCUGACUUUGCCUACCGAUCCUAAGAACAACCCAGUGGGCUACCUAAAAGUGGACAUCUCCAUUUCGGUUCGCGCUGAAAUGUUAAAUGCACCGUUUUUCCAAGAGAAAAUUGAGGAUAACGUGCUCAUACUUUACGGUUCCGAGCAGCAACCAGCCUGCUACCAAGUGACGAUCUUCCGCGCGUACAACGUGCCGUGUAACCAUCUCAGCCGCCCGGAUAUUACUGGCAACCCGCCAAAUACAUGCGUGAGGCUGGCUUUCUGUGACAUGAUGGGUCAGACCAGCCCGCAGCACCGCACAAACAACCCAGUGUUCAUCGAGCGCGUGUCAUUGGUCGAGAUGUUUCCGAACGUGUGUGACACUAUACAGUUCGACGUGUGCUCUGUGUCCAUAGGGUUCAAGGUGCUGGCUAGCACGAGCUUGAAGCUGUCGGAAAUAUCGCAUGGCGGGGAAAACGGAUUCCUGCCCACAUUCGGACCGUCCCUGCUACAUAUGUAUGGGCCGUGGCGGGAGUCUGAAAACGGGCCCUUCCACCGCGGCGCUCUGCUAGUGGCCUUGAGGACCAUCGUGCCUUACUACAGGCAGGGUCUGAGGACGGUGCUCGUGGAACCGGUGCUCGCUGGCGCCCUGGAUGCAGAAUGGGUCAUAGAGAAUUUCGUCAUGUUUUGUCCCGUGUUUGAGGUGUCCAUGCUGCAUAAGUGCUUGGCGGGCACCACGUGUGGAGUCGCGAUCACCACUGGAGAAUUGCCUUUUGGCGGCUACGACAACGAACAGAAGAAGCUGCACUACACCGGCGGCCGUCCAGUGCGUUGGACCAGCCAGUCGGGUCACCUGGAGAUGGCGUGUCCAGUGCUGCAGCUGGCUGCUCGCCUUCCAGACCUGAGGUUGCGCGUUUAUGUGCACAACGUGCUACUGGGUCUCACUGAACAGUUGGAAAACAGUCUCUCAGAAAUCUCUGCCCGUCUUGAAAUGAAGGACUAUACGAACCCAAGCGACCUCCUAGAUUCCUUAAACCGCUCCAGCGAGGAAGCCAUGGCGAAGAUCAAGAAGUUUCUGGAAAUCGUCCAGUAUUCCAGCUCUCACGAGGAGAUGCAGAAGUAUACCACUGAGCUGGAUCGGAAUCUUGUUCAGUUGCAGAAGGAGAAGAUCGUUAGUUCUGUAAAAAUUGAAAAAAUAUACUGUCGACUAAUGGCAAGAAAAUCGAAAUUCAGGCCGCAUUGCCAGUCCCGUGGUCCUGAUAACGUUGAGCCUAAGAAAGCUAUUAAAAUAAUGCUGGCUGAAUCCAAAUGUAUCCUUCAGGAGCUGAAACAACUCAUGUAUAAGACUCCAGACGGCUGGCCGCACAUAUCGGUGUGGUUGCUUAGUAACGGGUCCCGCGUGGCCCACGCCAAGAUACCGCCGAGUGACAUCAUACAUUCGAUCACGCCGGAACAGAGCGGCCAGCGGUGUGGCAAGAUACAGACGGAAAGCAACACGUCGCACGUGUUUCACGCCGAUAAAAUGUCGCAACACCAGCCGCCGGACUGCCAUUGUAUCUACGGAAAAGUGGAGCUCCUUGCUUGGAUGGGACUGUUCCGAUAUCGGGCCAUGUUCCAGUAUUGUAUACCAGAUGGGUACAGGAGUACCGAGUCGGGUCUCAGCCUGGAGUGUGAUCCCAUGCCCAUCGAAUGCCGCGUGAACAUCUACCGCGCCAAGCUGUGUGGUGUCAGCGACAUCAGCGGCUUGUCACCCUUCGUGAGGAUCCAUUUUAUGAACAACGUCAAAGAAACGCAGGUAUGUCAAAACACCGCGUUUCCGAUAUGGAGUGAGAUGCUGCGUAUAUCGUGCAGCGCUAACGUGUCCAUUCUCCGGCUGAAGACAAGUCCCCCGGAGAUACUUGUGGAGUUGUACCACUGGGAUGCCACGCAGAAGGAUAAAAUCGAUCUGCUGGGUCGCGUCACGAUGAAGCCUGUGUUCGUGCCCGGCCAAGACCUGGAAGCGCCGUCUACGCUGGACUGGCACAACCUUCGUCUGGGAGCAGAAGAUGUGGGCAGAAUACAGAUGUCCGCGCAGAUUAUGCAUGUGACUAGUGCUCUCAACCAGACCUGGGUCAACAGAUCGCAAGAGCAGCUGCAGAGGUCCAGCGAGCAAAUUAUAAACCAAACUGUGCUGAACACUGACGUCCCGGAACCCCUUCCUUUACACAUAUUGCCGGCUAAUACGAAUUACAAAAUGGACGUGUAUUUCUGGGGUCUCCGUGAAGUGAGCAUCACCAACAAGCCCCUGGUGACCUUGGAGCUGGAAGACGUCACCGUCAAGUCGGCCAUCAUCACCCACUCCAAGAGCAACUGCAACUUCCCUCAUGCAAGGAUUUCACAGACGUUCCAAGGUAACUUGACGAACGGAUCCCAGAUGAACAUCAAGUUGUUUGACACGACCACCUUCGGACGGACCUUGUUUGUGGGUUCCAACACGAAGAAACCUCAGAAGUACCUUCUCACCUGGCUGCCGAAGCAUGAGAGGGAAGAAAAACUAUAUUUGAAACCGGUCGUUAAUAGUCUCUUUACGCAAGCGUGCACAGGUCUCGUGAACAAGGACCCCGCGAAGGACAUCGCCGUCCACAUCCACAUCCACGACAUCCACGACUUCGACAUCUAUGGGACGCGAUGUGGUGGUGAGAAGUCAUCUGGCGACAAAGAGAUGACAACUAAUCUUAUAACGAUAUACGACUCGGAGUUGGAGGAGCAGCCAGAGUUCGGCAGGUUCAAGGACUGGUGCAGCACCAUCAAGAUCUACAACUGUAGCAAGACGGGCAUCCCUGAUAAGGACGAGAAACUGCGCUGCGGCUACUUGAAGGCCAGUAUAGCGAUAUACCAAUGGCCGUCGCCAGAAGACACAGUGGCAGUCAGCAGUAGCGGCGUCGACCUAGAGAGGGGUUACUUCGACAGUUACCCCGACAACGAGCCAGCCCGGUACCUAGUGCGCAUAUACGCGGUGAAGUGCUCCGGUAUGGCCGCCAAGGGGUUCAACACGUCGAGGUGCUACGUGGCUGUGCAGUGCAACUCUAAGAAGCUUAGCGACCGCGAGUCCAGUGUGCAGAGGGAAACUGAACCUAUUUUUGGGAAAAUGUACGAGCUCGACUGCACGUUGCCUGACGACUAUCUCUUGAAGAUAUCCGUGCUGGACUGUGGGACUAUGGCGGAUGAGCUGAUUGGCAGCACCAGUAUCGACCUCGAGGACAGAGCCUACACGAAAUAUAGGGCCGAUGUUGGCUUGGCAUCUGAGUAUAACAUAAAUGGUCCGAAUAGAUGGCGCGACAGUGAUCGGCCGUCGGCCAUAUUGGAGCAGCUGUGUGAGAAGAACCACCUACCACCCCCUGAGUUCCCCGACCCAUCCUCUCUAAUCUUAAAUGGUGUGGAGUAUAAGGAUCUCGACUCUGGUACCAGAACGAAAUAUACAAAUCCUUUAGCAAGUAAGGAGAACCUUUGCCUGAACAUCCUGCACAAAUGGCACACCAUCCCUGUCUGUGGACACAGACUGGUGCCAGAACACGUUGAAGUCAGGACUCUGUAUGAUCCUGACAAACCGGGGAUUGAACAGGGUAAGCUCCACAUGUGGGUGGACAUGUUCCCUCUGGACUCGCGGCGGUCCAUCCCGAGUCCCGUGUCCAUCCGUCCCCACCCUGACGAGUACUUCGAGCUGCGAGUGGUGGUGUGGGACGUGCAGGGCCUGAAGGUGGCCAAGGGAGCUAACAUUUAUGUCAGAGCAUGGAUCGGGCCUAGUGACGAAGCGCAGGACACUGAUGUCUACACGACCACGAACGGAGAGGGACGCUUCAGCUGGAGAAUGGUCUUCCAGUUUCAAUACAAGCAUACGGAGAGGAAGUUGGUGCUCCACGAUAAGGGUCCGUUUACGGAGGUCACCGAGCUGUUCCCGCCUAUCCUCGUGGUCCAGGUCUUAGAUAUCGAUGCUCCAUCUCUUCAAGACUUUAUAGGUAUGGUGACCCUGGACCUGUCGGGCAUGCCUCGCGGCUCGCGGUUACCGCACCACGCGAAUGUAACCAACUCGCGCAAAGUGAACAUGUUUUCGGUGCGCAACUCGCGCGGAUGGUGGCCGCUCAGGAUGGUCGAUCGGAACUCGGGCAACUAUUAUUUUGCUGGUAUGAUAGAGCUGGAGAUAUCGCUGCUGCCUCAGGAGAAGGCUCUACUGAUGCCCGUAGGUCUUGGGAGGGACCCGCCAGCGCCUCUGCCGGAUCCAAACCACGAAGCGCAAGGCUCACGAAGCAAACUCCAAAGUUCACUGGUCUACUUCGGACCGACCACGCGGUUCCUAGUCGCCCUCGGUUUUAUACUGCUCGGGUUGUGUCUGUACUGGCAACUGCCUGUCAUAGUAGUUAGCGUUUUACCUUCUUCGGACACAUAGCCUAUGCGUUAAGUAGCCCUUGUCAACGACAGCCGGCUCAGCCGAAGUGACAAUGAGGAGGCACACUCAAAGUUUAUGACAGAUGGCGCCACCUUAUUAGUCCAUUGCACAGAUAAAGAAUUUCAUACGUGAGAGCGUAAUGAUUUUUUUUUCACUCUUACAUAUGGAUGACCGUGACAUGCCUAGAUUGUCGGGAUAAAUGUCAGUGUGCCUCCUCAUUGUUGAUGCUACCUGGCGGUCGAAAUGCAGUCUGAUUCUAUCGCGCCACUGCAGAAGAGCGAUAUUAGUUAACCUGUCACACACAUGCAUAUUUUUGUUAACUCAUUCGUGCCAUCUCUUGUGAAUCGAGCUGCUACUGUAGGGGGCAGCACUGAAGCCUUAUAUUUGGCGCGAGGUAAAUGUGAAGUUUUUGCUUCCGAUGUAGCCCACAAGAUGGAACCUCAUAUGCACAGAAAAACGUACAGGAGCGUAGAUAGCUUGCUUUGGCAUAAAGUUGCAAUGUGCAAGUUCAUGUCACCGAUUCUGGCCGCUAGAUGGCAUACCCUCCAACGCUCGGACCCUAUAGGCGCUGGUCCCACCGCGUGCUAGUAAGCUAUGAGCUAUCGGCAAGCUAUCGG